CUUGAAGGCGGGGCUGGAUCCUAGCUGCGGCCAAUGGCGCACGGGGUGAGGGUUGAAGGGUGGAAGGUGCUCCUUGCCGGUUGUGCUGGUUCCUUUCAGCAGCUGUGCUGGGUUACCUGGUCGUCAUGGAGGCAGUCUUGACUGAGGAGCUUGAUGAGGAGGAGCAGCUGGUGAGAAGGCAUCGCAAAGAGAAGAAGGAUUUGCAAGCCAAAAUUCAGGGUAUGAAGAAUGCUGUCCCCAAGAAUGACAAAAAGAGGAGGAAGCAACUUACUGAAGAUGUUGCUAAGUUAGAAGCAGAAAUGGAACAGAAACAUAAAGAGGAGCUGGAGCAUUUGAAGCAGACUUCUAAGGAGAGUAAAAUAGAUUCUGUUGCUGUCAAUAUUUCAAACUUGGUUCUUGAGAGUCAGCCGUUUCGGAUAUCAAAAGCACAAAAGAGACGGGACAAAAAAGCUGCACUGGAAAAGGAGCGGGAAGAAAGGAUAGCUGAAGCUGAAAUUGAAAACUUAACUGGAGCUAGACAUGUAGAAAGUGAAAAACUUGCUCAAAUAUUGGCAGCUAGACAGUUGGAAAUUAAACAGAUUCCAUCUGAUGGCCACUGUAUGUAUAGAGCCAUUGAAGAUCAACUGAAAGAACAGGACUGCAGUCUGACUGUGGCUGCCUUAAGAUGUCAGACUGCUGACUAUAUGCAAAGCCACGUGGAAGACUUUCUGCCAUUUUUAACAAAUCCUAAUACAGGAGAUAUGUAUACUUCAGAAGAGUUUGGAAAAUACUGUGAUGAUAUCAUAAACACCGCUUCAUGGGGAGGUCAGCUUGAGCUAAGAGCCCUGUCUCACAUUUUACGAACACCAAUAGAGAUAAUACAGGCAGAUUCUCCUCCUCUUGUAGUUGGUGAAGAAUAUCCAAAAAACCCAUUAAUACUUGUUUAUAUGAGACAUGCAUAUGGCUUAGGAGAACACUACAAUUCUGUUAAACGGUUGGUGAACACAGCUAGUGAAAAUUGCAGCUAGUCUAUAAAAUGUUGCUGUUAUGUUUUAGUACAGCGUGCUGAUCUGAGUAUUAAUACCAAGUGUUGGAUUGUUCUAAAUGUUUCUGGAAAAAAAACAACUACCUUAAACCAGUUUUAUGGCAAAGCUACUAACAGGUUUUUUAAAAAUGUGUCAAAGAUAAACUUUCACCAAUGUCCCCUUAGUGGUGUUUUAAAAAACAGUUGUAAGUCCCUUGUGGAGAACAUAAUUUAUAGACCAAGAUGGUACCCUGUUUGCUGAUAUUUUUAUUAAAUAUAGGAUCCUGAACAUUCUGUUCUGUGUUGAAAUAGUUAAAAAAUUUUUUUCUCCCUAUUACUGAAAGCUUUCAGUAACCGUGUCAGUGUAAUUUUUCUUGAAGAAGUGAAAUGACUCAGUUUCUUUGACAUUGCAAUAAUGUGGUGAUGGUGAUAGCAAAUUUAAUGAGUGCUUAUAAAUGAACGUGAUUGCAGUAACUUUGGUGUUGAUGGGAUUAAUGCUCUGACGCUUUUUAUAUAGCCCCAUCAAAGUGCAGCUAAGAAGCUUGCUUUAAUAAAGAAUUAAAAAAUAUUUAUUCAGAUGGGAAUCAGUUGUUAUAUUUUAAGAAAUGAGACAAAUUCAUAGGUAAAUAUGUUUCCAAUCAGAUUUAAACCUCUAAAGAAGUACAGAUGUCUUUUAUUUGUAUAUAACUUAAAAAGACUCAGCAGAUUAUUGCUUUUCUAACUCAUUUGUUAUUCCUUUCUGUUUCUUAACUUCAGAAUGGUUGUACCAUCAUUUCUUGAUUAUCUUCUUAACUAUAAACUUUUAUAUCUUUGUUGUAUUUUCUCCAUCACUACUCAGCUACUUUGCUUGCCUUGCAGUCUUUUACACUAAGAAAUAGUUUUUAGUUUCCCUUAUUCUUUAACUUGUGAAAAUUGAAGGAGUAGCAAUAUAAAAGGGUCCAAGGCCAAAUUUACUUCAAAUUCUUCCUCUUUUACAAUUUGUCUUACAAGAUCUCUCCCUUUGCUUCAUUCUCUAGGAUUACAGAAUGCCUUCGUUAACUUAUUUUGUUAGCCUUAUUAAUGUCACCUUUCCUCAAAUAUUUGAGAAUAUUUGUCUCAAGUAUUUGGGCAUUUUUUAUGUGGCUGAAAGCCACUGUUGAGCCAAGACUGUAUAAUAAAAUCAGUACAAUACUUUUCAGUUGAAUGAUUUGUCUAGCUCAGAUUUUAGGUUACUUGUAACAGUAUUCUAAGAAGAUAGUACCCAUAUGUACAAAUGUGUCUGAUAAUUUGUUAUGUAAGGGGGUAUUAUAAAAAUGAAACCUUUCUGGUUUGAUCUGUUUUUCUCAAAUAAGAAAAUAACUAGUAAGAUUUUGCAUCAAGUUUAUAAAAUUUGAAUUUUUUCUCCAUGAAUGCGACUAAUUUUUAUAAGUAAAUAUUGGGUUUUAUAAUAUUAAAAACAGGGUAUCAGUAUCACAUGCCCAGCAGGUGACUGUGUGGGAACCUGGCAGGAGCUGUUCUGGUCAUCUAGAGCAAAUAAGUACUACAUGAAGGUAUUCAACUGCCAAAGAUUAAAACCAUUCUGCUUGCCAAACAAAAUAUAUUCUGAAGGCUGCUUGCUUUGUAAUCCUUGAUCUGAAUUUUUUGAGGGGUCUGAAAUUUAUAAAAUAAUGAUAUUGUAAAAUACUAAGCAGCUUGGCUUUAUUUUGAAGUAAUCUGUUACUUUAAAAGAGAAGCAUUAAGAAGUAAUAAAACAAGAUACAAAGAUAUCUAGUUAUUAUAAAUUCCAUCUAUAUUUAAAGUAUUCUAAAAUAACUUAUUGGUAGCUAUUUUUUUUCUAGCAGGAUGAGUAGAAUUGUCUUGAUUGUAGAUAUAUUUUUUAAUUUUUAUUAUUUUUUAAAUGGCCAAUAUGGUAAUGAACAGGGUUUGUAUGGUCAGCUUCUCUUCUUUCUUAAAACUUGAGAUAAAAAUUAUUUUAGCUGUAACCUAAACACUAAAAUUAAAGUCUUUAAAAAAUGGCAGAUGUUAACUUAAUAGCAGCAUAUACUAAUUUAAUUUGCUGUAUGAUGCUGGUCUCUUAGGGAAGUUUGAUAAGCUUUCUUUUGUCCUAACUCAGAAAAGUAUAUGUUAGCGUUCUGGAAUAUGUCUUUAGCCAAGAAUUUUAUCCACUUAAAUAUGUUUUUUAACUUAUAUAAAGCAAAAGAGAAUGUGUGUAACUAUAGUGAGCAAUAAAAUUUUGUUCAUAUUAUCUGAUGUUUGCUAAAAUAAAAGAUGAGUGAAUUAAA